AUGCAUACUGCUGCCCAAGGAGCUAUCGUGGACCUUAAUAUGGCGGGUCAAUUUUUAGUCUUGUCUGAUGGCAUCGAUCAAUUGUGGAAGGCUUUUUUAGUUGAAGAUGAUGCGUAUGUGAAUGUAUUAAUCGAUCUUGAUGAAUUAUCAGAUUAUUCCGAUGCGUUAAAUAUUCAGCUUGAGGGACUGGUCGCGUUUGUCAAGGCAACAGCCAAUAGACUUCGAGAUUACGAGGCGGAUCAGUCAAUGGUCUCAGCAACAGAGGAGCCAAUAGAACCAAUAAUUACCAGUGAUAGGAUGCCGUCAGUUAUUAAUCCACUUGGUCCGUCCAUUGAGAAGGCGCAAAUUACUCCUGUCGAAUUCAGUGCUACUGUGGAUCAUGUAGUAUCCCCUCAGUCAGCAAGCCAUAUUGAAGGCACACGGCUCCCGAAGAUACCGCUACCUAAUUUUAGCGGUGAUAUUUACAGUUGGUCAUUUUUUCGAGAUCGUUUUAUAUCUAUGGUUGAUCAACGUUCAAAUUUAUCUAACAUAGAUAAAAUGUAUUAUUUGUUUGGUUGUCUCAAUGAGCAAGCUUUGGAAGCUGUUCGUGGAAUAACUUCAGCGGGGGACAAUUACAAGUUGGUAUGGUCAACUCUGGAAGCUUUAUACGAUCGGCCUCGGUUAGUAGCUAGUUCUUUAGUUGAGAAACUGAUUAAAGCACCACUAUCAAAUCAUGAAUCAUUGCCUGACUUAAUCAAGAUCCUUGCUUUGUUCGAUGAUAACGUUGCUGUCCUCAAAUCAAUGAACAUUUCAGAUUUAGGUGACUUUAUUUUAUUUACAAUGGCUUCUAGAUGUUUACCUGCUUCAUGUCGCUCCAUGUUUGAAGAGCAGGCAUUAGAUGUGUUCCCUACAGUAUCUAGUCUUAUGUCUUUUAUCAAGAGGCGCAUUUCAAUAUUGCAGUUAGUACGUGGUCCAGAUGCAGUAGCUACACCAUCAACUUCUUCAAUCAAGGGAAAACCCGAUAAACACCAUUCAAACUCAGAUAAUAAAUUCAAUCAUCAUAGUCGAUGGAAAAGAUCGCAACCCUCGACAUUUCUCACUGCAGGAACUCAACAAACAUCGCCUUUAUGCAAGUGCUGUCAAGGUUUUCAUGCUCUGACAUCAUGUGAACAGUUCAAAAGCUGGGCAGUGGAGACGCGUUUAAAGUGGGUGAGAAAGAAUUUUAUUUGCUAUAGAUGCCUCCGUGGAGGUCAUUGGGCUCAAAAAUGUAAUGGUAAAUCGUCAUGCAGUAAAUGUUCUCGCCAUCAUCAUAUCUUAUUACACAAGGACACAAUACAACCUCAAAGUGACAUAGAUAUACCUGUCGGUGUUACUGACAUGCCAUCUACAUCAUCUCUUGUUGGUCAGUCCAAUUCCUUUUCCGUAUUGUUGGGUACAGCCCUCGUGCAUGUAUCAGAUAUUGCGGGUACGCUCCAUACAGUGAGGACGCUAAUAGAUUCGGCAUCGCAAAUAUGUGCCAUGACAUCAUCUUGUGUGAAACGGUUAGGACUAUAUCAAACUAAAUGGACUGCUCCGGUGGCAGGAUUGGCUGGGGCAGCUGUUCAAAAUGUCCAAGGUUUGGUUAACUGUGAAAUAAGGCCACGAUUUGCGACGUCGCCGGUGUUGCUGAUUACGGCCUGGGUCUUUCCUACUAUUACAGCUAAUAUGCCUCGUUCUAAGAUAUCUAAUAUGAUUGCGAAUAAAUAUAGUAGUUUAGCAUUGGCUGAUCCACAAUUUAAUUCUCCUGCACCAGUUGACUUGCUGUUAGGUGCUGAUGCUUUUGCGUUCAUUCUCAACGGUAAGCGUUUUUCUGUUGAUGAUUCUUGUCCUGUUGCAUUCAGCUCCAUAUUUGGUUGGAUAUUGAUUGGUUCUGUACCCACGUCUGAACAACAUCCACCUCAUUCAUGCCCAGUGUCGUUGGUAACUUCACUAGAUAUUAUGAUGGAAAGAUUUUGGACGCUAGAAGAGCCAGACGCCGCUCCAGCGGACUUCACUGAUGAAGGCAAGUGUGAGAGCGUGUUCUUAAAUGGUUGUACUCGAUCCGCCUCCGGUCGUUUGUCUGUUUCUUUACCAUUGAAGCAUGAGAUUGUUGACAAUACUUUUAUUGGAUCACGAGAGGUUGCAUUAAAACGCUUUCACCAUUUGGAAAGGAAACUGGAGUCUGAUCAUCGGAUGCGAGAAUUGUAUUGUAACUCUAUGGAANUGGAUGCGAGAAUUGUAUUGUAA